CCAGGGCACCCCGGCCCGCGCGCGGACCUGCUACACUGCCUUGGCCGCGCGGUGCGUUGGCGCUCGGAUCUUUCAGCGGACAGGACUCCCUUUGCUUCCUAGAGGUCCUCCCCUCCGCAGCUGGGAGGACAGUCCUCUCGCUGGCCCCCUUCCCCUUCCCUCUCCACUUUCCUCAGGGUCCCGGAACAGGACCCCGCUUACUCCCGUCAAAGGCUGGAACCCAUUAGAAGUUCUCUCAUAUCUGAUACCUGGUCCCUGACUCCUCUCAGGGAUUUUCCUCACCUCAGAGACUCGGGAAUCCUUCAGUUCCUUGGAAAAGUCCUGUUUCAGAGGGAGACCUCCCUCUUCUCAGUAAGGUCCCCCUCCCCCCAGAGUUUUGGACUCCCUCACUUCCCUGAAACACACUGUUCCCUCAAAAACAUCCACUCUACCCUCGAAAGAUACUUCCCUCACCUCAGACACUACUGUUUCCUCUUCUCUUUUCUCCUCUGCCUUCCCCUCUUCUCCCCUUCCCUCCUUUUCUCUCCUCUGCUUUUUUGUCUUUCACUUUAAAGACUGUAGACGAACCCAGUAUUCAGACUUAGCUACAAGUGAGAUGCAGAUUUAUCUAUUUUAAAAACAUUUAAAUUGAUACCCUAAGAAAAACCUUGCUAAAGAAUUCUGUCGGCAUGGGGAGCCACUGAAGGUUUUGUAAGCAGAAGUUUGGAUUAUCUCUGGUGGAAGGAGAGGAAGAAUUGAAAAUGAAGUGUGGAGGCAGAAACGAGCAUGCUAGUCCAGGUGAGAAGGAUGAACUGGGGUAGUGGCAAGAAUAUGUCAAGAAGGGAACACAAUUCCAGGAGGUUUGAAAAACAGAGUUGAGAGGAUUAGUGAGAGGUUUCUGACUCGGCUGAUAGGAUAGACUGGUAGCGUUAAUUGAAAUAGAGAACAUAAAGAAGCAGUUUUGGGGGAAGGUAAUGAAUUUGGAAGGAGUCCCUGGGUGGCACAAAUGGUUAAGCACUGGACUACUAACUAAAAGGUUAGUGGUUCAAACCCACUCAGAGGUGCUUUGGAAGUUAGGCCUGGUGUCUGAAAGGUCACAACCUUGAUGAGUCAGAAUUUGCUUAUGGACAAGCUGAGUUUGAAGAGCUCUUCAGAUAUCACUGUGGGUAGCUGGAAAUUUGGAUUUGAAAAUUAGGAUAGAAGUUGGAACUGAACACAUACAUUUGGGAGUCAAGAGGGAAUAUAUGGGUGAUAUUUGAAGCCUUAGUAUGGGAUGGUAAUACUGAAAGAAAAGAAGAAAAUAACUGUGGACCAGAAGGAGCAUCAGUGUUUGAAGGGUAAUAGACACUGAGAAAGAGAGGAUAAAAGAAUGGAACAAGAACUAGAACAGAAUGGCAUUAUAAUAGAAGCCAAAGGAAGAAAGGGUUUCAAAAAGGGAAGGGUUGGUCAUCAGUGUUAGUUGCUCCAGAGGUUGAGUACAAUGAGGAUUGGGAGGAAGCCACUAAAUUUAGUAAUUAGGAGGUCACUUCUUAGUUUUGAAAGGUAAUUUUGAUAGUAUGGUGGUGGCAGUGAUGGGAGUAGCUAGAAUAUGAUGGAUUGCGGACUAAAUGGGAGGCAGAGGGUGAAAUUACUCUUUCAGUAUGUGGUUGUGAAGAAGAGCUGGCAGGACUGAAACUAAUCUUUAUGGAGAACGUACUGUAUGCCAGUGUCUCUUACCCUUCAAACAAUGAUGCUCUUUCUCGUCCAUAAAGAUGCUAUUUUACAUAGAUCACUUUGUGGUUUAGGUAUCAGUAUCCCUCUUUUACAGUUGGGAAGAUGGUACCAAAGAUUUGAACAAGAUCUGCCUAGUUCCAAAACCUGUAUUCUUUUCACUUUGGCACAUGUGUAUUUUUCUUUUUAGUAUGGGUGAAACUUAAUUUUAUAGGUUGAGGAGGAGGUUUACUCAGGAAAUAACGUGUUGGCAUUUCUUUCUUUGACACCAAAAGGAUAGAGGUCAAAUGGAUAAUGAUGUGGUAAACAAAAAAAAAAACCCAGUGCCGCCAAUGAUGUGGUAGAAGGGAAAAAAAGGUAACAGAUGGCCUUAUUUUCUUGAUGUAAUCAGUCACUGUGGAGUAGUCAGUUAUCUCUGGAGACUGAAGGAACUGCGGUGAGUUUCAGGCUUGAGUAUUGUGGCCACAGAAAUCUGUAAUGGAGAAUAAAAGGGGAAUGAAUUCAGGAUUUAAAAAAAAAAAAAAAGAUUGCUGACCACAUUGAAGGCCUAGUUAAAGCUAAAAACAGUAUAUUUGUAACAGGGCCCAAUAGCAUGGGUUUUACGUUUUCUUUUUUCCAGCAGCUUAAGAUCAAGAGGGCAAAAAAGAUCGUUGGCUUGAUCCAGCUUUGGAAUUGGCAAAACCGAAAGAUAAAAUGGGGAGUAACGUUACAGUUAGAGAUAGCAUGGGGAUGUGAUUGCUUCUGUGUCUAGACCGGGGUUAUAGAAGUAAAACCUGCAGGGGGCCUGGUGUACUGGGAUAAUGAGACAUUCAGAAAUGUUUCUGAAGACAAAGUUUUGUCGGAAAUAGAGAAUGGAAAAGCCCAGAGUACGUUAUUUCCAAGGUAAAGCCAAAAAAUUAAGGUGUAACAGUCUCAGUGCUGUUGAAGGGAAAUUAAGUUAUUGAAGUAUUAGGAGGUUAAGGAGCGGUGAAAUGUGUUGAAUACAUCAUCAAUAUGGAUGUUAUAGUUGCACAGUAUGAUGAGAGGAUGGAGCAGAGAAGAUAUUAGGUCCUGUAGGUGGGGCUGUUUAUCAAGGGUCCCAGAGUUGGGUGGGGGGUUCCCUGGCACUUGUUAGAAAGUAGUACAAUGGUAUAGAUAUUUGUGUCUAAGUUAACACCGAGAUCCUAGAUACCUGGUGCCUUGGAUGUAUGAUGGGUUGUUCUCUCAUAUAAGAUGUAUGUUUGAAAUGGUCUCUCAAAUACAAAUUCUUUGUGAUUUGGCAUAUGAUAAGCCUUGAUUUUGUUUAAAGGUAUAUGUGCUGGGAGGCUAGAGUUCCACCCCAGAAUCCCCAAUAACAUUUUGUACUUCAGGAUUUAAUUCACUGUAAAGAGUAAACUACACAUUUAUAUGUGCUCAUUCCCUGGCUCGCAUAGAGUAGAAAGCUGAUUUGCUUUUAUGCCUUUUUCCUUGUGUGAAAGUUUUUUUGGAGGUACUCUUAGUGUUAUACACCUCGUUUUGUUCUGCAAAAUGAAUGUUGUGUUGGAAUUUGAAACCCAUGAUAGAAGCUUUUAUGGGGUUUGUCUCUUUCUAAUAGGUGCAGUCCAGUUACUACAUUGUAUAGUGUGGGUGAUGGUAAAUGUUUUGGACCAACCAUCAGUAUUAUAUUAUUUUCCAAGUCAUCAUAUGGAGAUGGCUUCAGUGUGUCUCUGUAGUGUUAUUUUUGCUAAGCACUCGGAGCAUUUGUUUCAGAGAAAAGCCUACUUGUGGUAAUUUUUAAAUCUUCUAUUCCUGAAAAUUUCAGAAAGGUAGCACUGUAUAAGGAAAAAACAUUGGAAGUCCUAAUUGUAGUCAACCACAUUAAUAUUAGCUGUAUGACUUUAAGGGUAAUUUGGUGGAAUAGUGGUUAAGUGCUUUGCUACUAACCAAAAGGUUGGCAGUUUGAACCCACCAGCCAUUCCGUGGGAGAAAGAUGUGGCAGCCUGCUUCCAUAAAAGAUUUACAGCCUUGGAAACCCUAUGUUCUACAGGGACCCUAUGAAUUGGAAUCGACUCGACAGCAGUGGGUUUGGUUUUCAGGUUUGAUAUGACUUUAGGCAAAUUUCAUAUCUUCUGUGAGCUUUAGUUUUUUAAUUUAGCCUUUUGAAUAGGUAAUGCAUUCAAAUGAUUAAAUACAAGAAUAUAUUUAUAUAUAAAUGUAAGUACUAAUAUAUUUUAUGUAAAGAUAAACAGUGAAAAGUCUCGCUUCCAUGCCCAUCUCCUAUCCAUCCACUCAGUUUCCUACCCCUUUCCAACCAUUUUUAAGUUUCUUAUAUAUCCUUUUAGCCUUUCUUUAGGCAGACACAAGUAUGAAUAUAUAAUCUUAUUUUUUCAAUUUUUCAUGCAAAUGGUUCCCAGCUGUUAUGUACUCCCCCCCAUCUUAUUUUUUCACUUAAUGUGUCUUGGAGACCUUUCCAGAUUACCACACAGAGAGCUUCCUUGUUCUUUUUUUUCUUCUUAAUACCUGCACAGUAUUCUAUUGAAUGGAUAUGUCAUAAUUUAUUUUAACUAUUUCGUUACUGGUGGAGAUUUGUGUUGUUUCCUUUCUUAUGGGCAUGCUGUAAUAAAAACCUUCGAUCAUAUGUCAUUUUACUUGUGUGCAACGGUAUUUGUGGGAAAAGUUCCCAGAAGUGAGAUUUCUAAGUCAAAAACAUCUGCAUUUAUAACUAUGAAAUAUGCUGCCAAAUUGCAUUCCUUUGGGGUGGUUCCAGUGUACAUUGCCUGUUGCAUCAGCAGCAACUGUAUGGUAGUUAAUACACUGCUUACCGUGUGCUAGCUACUCUUUUAAGUGCUUUUCGUACACUAUCUCAUUUAAUCCUAAUAGCAUCCCUUUGAGGUAGAUACUGUUAUUAUCCCUAUUUUUUAGAUGAAUAAACCAUGGCAUAGAGAAUUUAAGCAACUUUCCCACAUCAACAGCUACUGAGUGGCAGAAAUUCAGACUCAGGCACUCUGACUCCAGGAUCAGUGCUGUCAGCAUUAUGCUAUGCUGUUAUCAAACUUAAAUUUUUGCAGUCUGAUAGAGAAAAAUUACACCUUAGAGUAGUUUCAAUUUUUUUAAUUAUGUUAAGAUUAAGCAUCUUUUUUAAUGUUAAAAAUCACUUGCAUUUCCAUUUCUAUAAAUUACCUGUUUAAAUUUUUUACCUAUUUACUUGUGUGAUAGACCUUUUCAUCUUGAUUUAUAGGUCUCUCUCUCUCUGUCAUUGUCUGUAUACACAUGCACACAGACACGCACAUGCGUGCUUUGGUCUGUGAUAUGUAUUGCAAAUACUUUUUCCCAUUUGUCUUUUCACUUUUGUUGUUUUAUUCCCAUGCAGGAGCUUUAAAUUUUUGCGUUGUCGAACUUCUCAAUUUUUUCUUUUAUGGCUUUUGAGUUUUGAGUCAUAGUAAGGCCUUCCCUAUUUCAAUCCUUAGUUUUUUUAAUCUAUCCAGUGGGAUCAAGAAAACAGAAUUAUUGUGAAGGUCAGAGUGUUUUGUGAACUGUAAACUGUAAAUCAUUAUACAGAUGAAAUACGGUGCUAUGUAUUAAAUUGUUUUCUGAACAGUUUAUAGAGGCUAUCAUUUUUUUCCCUGCAUUAAACAGAAUAGAAUGACAUAAUUUUCUUUCAGCAAUGUGGAAAGCUAGUAUGGUACUGAUCUUGUGGUCAGUAUUUUCCUUAGACAAUUUGCAUGGGAUCUUAUCCAGAACUAGGUACUGUAGAAAUCAUGAAAUAUUUUUGCAUAAUUUAGUCUCAUUGUUCCUUGUGUUAUGUAUAAUUAGAAUCUGACUGUAAGUUUUCAAAAAUUGUUUUCCUCACAAAUUAGCUACGGUUUGCAAAUUUGGACAUUAUUUGUACUGAUAUAUAGACCAAUAGGCAGGUGCAUGGUUUAAAAUCAGGAAGGAGUUGUGUCAGAAUUGUAUCUUUUCACCAUACUUAUUCAGUCUGUGUGCUGAGCAGAUAUUCUGGGAAGCUGGACUAUAUAUGAAGAAGGUCAUGGCAUUAGGAUUGGGGGAAGACUCAUUAACAACCUGAGGUAUGGAGAUAACACAACCUUGCUUGCUGAAAGUAAAGAGGACUUCAAACAUUUAAUGAUGAAGAUCAAAGACUGUGCCCUUCAGUAUGGAUUAUACCUUAACAUAAAGAAAACAAACAUUCUCAGAACUGGACCAGUAAGCAACAACAUGACAAAUGGAGAAAAGAUUGAAGUUGUCAAGGAUUUCAUUUUACCUGGAUCCAAAAUCAAUGCCUGUGGAAGCAGCAGUCAGGAAAUCAAACGACAUAUUGCAUUGGGCAAAUCUGCUGCAAAACACCUCUUUGGAGUGUUAAAAAGCAAAGAUGUCACCUUGAGGACUAAGGUGCACCUGACCUAAGCCAUGGUAUUUUCAGUCAUCUCGUAUGCAUGUGAAAGCUGGACAAUGAAUAAGGAAGACCGAAGAGGUAUUGAUGCUUUUAAUUACAGCCUUGACGAAGAAUACUGUGGACUGCCAGGAAAACAAACAAAUCUGCCUGGGAAGAAGUACAGCCAGAAUGCUCCUUAGGAGUGAGAAUGGUUAGACUUCAUCUCAUGUACUUUGGACAUGUUAUCAGGAGAUAACGUGUUAUCAUGAAGAAGGCCAUCAUGGUUGGUAAAGUAAAGGGUCAUGAAAAGGAAGAAGACCCUCAACGAGAUGGAUUGACACAGUGGCUGCAACAGUGAGCUCAAACAUAGCAAAAUGAUUGUGAGGAUAGUGCAGGACUGAAUAGCGUUUCAUUCUCUUAUACAUAGGGUCAUUGUGAGUGAGAACUGACUCAAUGGCACCUAACAACAAAAACUUAUCUUCUUUUUUUUUUCCUCCUGUGUAAACUUUGAUUCAUAGCCUACUAUUAAAAUAUGUUUGCCAUAAUUAAUUUGGAGGUAAGUUAGAGUCCAAGCCCUCAUGGAGCUCAUAGUCCAGUGAAAGAGACAGAUAAGCAGCAGUGAAAAUACUAUAUGAUAACUGUGAUAAUAGAGAUUUGUGCAAGGCAUUAUUGAAGCAUAGAAAAAGGAGAUUGAGGGUUCAUAGAACACUUCCCACCUGAAAUGAUUACUUCGAGAGCCAUGUGGAGGAAGUCGGGAAGAAUCCACUAGACAGAAAGAAUGUUAUAUGCACAGGCACUGAAGUGUGAGCAGGGCUGUACAGGUAGUUCUUUAUGUUUGGAGUAGAUUGUCUAUGGGUAGAGGAAUAGAGAUAGAUGAGGCUGGAGAUAUGGGUGGGGCUAAAUGAGGAAGAGUCUUUGUAUUGUCAUACAAACUUGAAAGUUUACUCAGCCUGGAGAAUGGAUUAAAAGAGAUGUGAGAGGGCAGAUAGGAAGAUAAGGCAGUAGUAGUUGAGUACCAAGAAAGUAGCACAGGUAGUCCCAGACUUACGAUGGGGUCCCAUUCGGACAACUCCAUCGUGAGUCAGUUCUGACAUAAGUUUUUAUUAUUAUUAUUAUUAUUAUUGCCUUUUAUUUUCAGGAUCUUUAUAAAUCCAGUCUUUAUUUGUCUUUCAUGGUUGGAAACAUUACGUAUAAACUUAGAUAUAUUUUAACAUUGUAUGUAGUACAUAUUACUAGGAUAAGAUAUACAAAAAAACCAGACAAGUGCAGUUCAUAACUCUAAUACAGUGUAAGUCAGGGACUACCUAUAGUUAGUACCCAAAAUCAAACCCACUGCUGACGAAGGUAGAAUUGCCCUAUAGGGUUUUCUUGGCUGUAAAUCUUUUUUUUUUUUUUUAAUUAUUGUGUUUUAAGUAAAAGUUUACAGUUAAUUCAAGCCAGUCUCUCAUACAAAAACUUCCACACCUUGCUGUGUAGCCCUGGCUGCUCUCUCCCUAAUGUGACAGCACACUCCUCUCCACCCUGUAUUCCCUGUGUCCGUUUAACCAGCUCCUGUCCCACUCUGGCUUCUCAUCUCAUCUCCAGACAGGAGCAGCCCACAUAGUCUCAUGUGUCUACUUGAGCCAAGAAGCUCACUCCUCACCAGUACCAUUUUCUGUCUUAAUAGUCUAGUCCAAUCCCUGUCUGAAGAAUUGGGUUCGGGAAUGGUUCUGGUCUUGGACUAACAGAGGGUCCGGGGGCCAUGACCUCUGGGAUCCUUUCAGUCUCAGACAGGCCAUUAAGUCUGGUCUUUUUACAAGAUUAUUUGAGGUCUGCAUCCUACUACUCUCCUGCUCCCUCGGGGGUUCUCUGUUGUGUUCCCUGUCAGGGUAGUUAUUGGUGGUAGCCAGGUACCAUCUAGUUCUUCCGGUCUCAGGCUGAUGUAGUCUCUGGUUUAUGUGGCCCUUUCUGUCUCUUGGGCUCAUAUUUACCUUAUGCCUUUCGUGUUCUUCAUUUUUCUUUGCUCCAGGUGGGUUGAGACCAAUUGAUGCAUCUUAGAUGGCUGCUUGCUAGUGUUGAAGGCUCCAGAUGCCACUCACCAAAGUGGAAUGCAGAAUGUUUUCUUGAUACAUUUUAUUAUGCCAGUUGACCUAGAUGUCCUCUGAAACCAUGGUCCCCAGGCUCCUGUCCUGCUACUCUGGCCUUCGAAGUGUUUGGCUGUACUCAGGAAACUUCUUAGCUUUUGGUUUAGUCCAAUUGUGCUGACCUCCACUGUGUUGUGUGUUGUCUUGUCCUUCACCUAAAAAAAAAAAAAAAUAGUAGGCUGUAAAUCUUUAUGUACGCAGACUGCUACAUCUUUCUCGCACAGAGCGGCUGGUGGGUUUAAACAGCUGACCUUUCAUUUAGCAGCCAAGCACUUAACCACUGCGCCACCAGGGCUCCUGGUGUAAGUCAGCAAGUACUACAAAAGCUAGAAUGAGGUGAACAUCAUGUAAACUGAGAUAGUAAGGGAAGGCUACACCCAGAAGGUGGGCUAAGUCUGGGGGAUAAUGAUUAUGCCAGUUUUAGUGGAGCAAAGACUUUGAAUACCAGGCUAAGGAAUUUUAUUAGCAACAGAAUGUCACUGAAGAUUUAUAACUGUUGUGUGUGUUAUGUGAACUGUUACUAGUUGCAGUUUGCUUCCUUCCGGUUAGUCUGAAAUGCUGUUGAAAUCUUUUAUGCCUAUGAAAUAGUAGAAAUACUAUCAAAGAAGAUUAUAUGUUAAAAGAGGUGAAAUUUUGGACUGAAAAAUGACUCCUUAUUUGAAAAGAGAUAAAUAUAUAGCAAAGACCUAUGAAAAUAGGCAUUAUAUGAAAACAUCUUUUAUAAUAAAAGUUCUGUGUGGUCUCCUUUGGACUUUCAAGACCAGAUAACUUUGCUAGCAUGUAUGGUUAAGUCUGGUCUUGUUGAGGCUCCACAGGUUUAGGGAAAUCACAUUAAAAGCCCUUUUAAAGCUCCAUAAUUGUAUUAUAGAAUACAUCUUUAACCAGAACUGAAAUGUUUUUUCCAGAACUUUUAACAGAAAGAAAAUAUUUCAAGGAAGCAAACCUCUAUCAGAAAUCUCUUUAAAGAAAUAUUAGUGUCAAACCAGAACGGAAGUACAACUCAACAAAAAAUUAACAUGUGUGGAGUUCCUUCUUAAAAGAAGAAAAGUGGUUAUUGAAACUAUGGAUCGGAGCAAACGAAAUUCAAUUGCAGGAUUUCCUCCACGUGUGGAGCGUCUGGAAGAUUUUGAAGGCGUUGGUGGAGGGGAUGGGAAUGUGACCCAGGUGGGAAGAGUUUGGCCAUCUUCAUAUCGAGCUCUUAUAAGUGCCUUUUCCAGACUGACGCGUUUGGAUGACUUCACCUGUGAGAAAAUAGGGUCUGGCUUCUUCUCUGAAGUGUUCAAGGUGCGCCACCGAGCUUCUGGUCAGGUGAUGGCUCUUAAGAUGAACACAUUGAGCAGUAACCGGGCAAACAUGCUGAAGGAAGUACAGCUCAUGAAUAGACUCUCCCAUCCCAACAUCCUUAGGUUCAUGGGUGUAUGUGUACAUCAAGGACAGUUGCAUGCACUUACAGAGUAUAUCAACUCUGGAAACCUGGAACAGUUACUAGACAGUAACCUGCAUUUGCCUUGGACUGUGAGAGUAAAACUGGCCUAUGACAUAGCAGUGGGCCUCAGCUACCUUCACUUCAAAGGCAUUUUCCAUCGGGACCUCACAUCUAAGAAUUGCCUGAUAAAGAGGGAUGAGAAUGGUUACUCUGCAGUGGUGGCCGACUUUGGUCUGGCUGAGAAGAUCCCUGAUGUCAGCAUGGGGAGUGAAAAGUUAGCCGUGGUGGGCUCACCCUUCUGGAUGGCACCUGAGGUUCUUCGAGAUGAGCCCUACAAUGAGAAGGCGGACGUGUUCUCUUAUGGCAUCAUCCUGUGUGAGAUCAUCGCCCGAAUCCAGGCUGAUCCAGACUAUCUCCCCCGCACAGAGAACUUUGGGCUGGACUAUGACGCUUUCCAGCACAUGGUGGGAGACUGUCCCCCGGAUUUCCUGCAGCUCACCUUCAACUGCUGUAACAUGGACCCCAAACUGCGUCCAUCCUUUGUGGAGAUUGGGAGAACCCUGGAGGAAAUUCUGAGCCGCCUACAGGAGGAAGAGCUGGAGCAGGACAGGAAGGUGCAGCCCACAGGCAAGGGACUUACAGAGAAAGGACCUGGAGUGAAGCGACUGAGCUCACUGGAUGACAAGAUCCCCCCCAAGUCUCCACGUCCAAGACGUACUAUCUGGCUAUCUCGAAGCCAGUCAGACAUCUUUUCCCGUAAGCCACCACGUACAGUGAGCGUCUUGGACCCCUACUAUCGGCCACAACGAGGUGCUACUGCCCGCACCACCAAGGUCAACCCUUUCAGUGCUCGUCAGGACCUCAAAGGUGGCAAGAUCAAGUUUUUUGACCUGCCUAGCAAGUCUGUCAUCUCCCUUGUAUUUGACCUAGACGCACCAGGGCCUGGAACUAUGCCCCUAGCUGAUUGGCAGGAACCUCUGGCCCCGCCUGCUCGACGGUGGCGUUCUUUGCCUGGUUCACCUGAGUUCUUGCGUCAAGAGGCCUGUCCAUUCAUGGGCCGGGAGGACUCACUAUCUGAUGGGCCCCCACCACGACUCAGUAGUCUCAAGUACAGAGUAAGAGAGAUUCCACCAUUCCGGGCAUCUGCCCUACCAGGUGCUCCAGCCCAUGAGGCCAUGGACUGCUCCAGUUCCCAGGAAGAGAAUGGUUUUGGGCCCAGGACCCAAGUGGCCAGUCCAGGCCCUGCAGGUGUCUCUGAGGAGAUGGAGGUUGAAGAAGAAAGGCCAAGAAACUUGGCCCCAGUCCCCUUCUCCAUCUCAGGCAUAGGCUGGCAAACCCAGGGAGAGCAGGAUGGGUGA